AUGACGCAGUCAAGACUGUUUAUGCCAUUAAAAAUUGGCAAUAUGGAUCUUCGCUGUCGGAUUGCCAUGGCACCUCUGACCAGGUAUCGAGCCCACGACGACCACACCCCCUCAGACUUAAUGGCCACGUAUUAUGGUCAGCGCGCGUCGAUACCAGGCACUCUUCUCAUAUCCGAAGGCACCUUCAUCUCUGCUCGGGCGGGCGGUUACAGUAACGUCCCCGGCAUCUACACCGAGUCACAUAUCGAAGGGUGGAGGAAAGUGACAGAUGAAGUUCAUCGAAACUCUUCCUACAUAGUCUGUCAAUUAUGGUCUCUAGGUCGAGCGGCAAAUCCAGAAGUCGCAAAGAGAGAAAAUAUCCAGAUCCUGGGACCCAGUCCUAUUUCCAUUGAUCCGAAGCGCCCUGUUCCCCGCCAGAUGGAUCACCGAGAUAUUCAACUGAUGAUUGAGGACUACGCGCAAGCUGCGCGCAAUGCCAUAGCGGCCGGUUUCGAUGCGGUUGAACUACACGGAGCCAAUGGCUAUAUCAUCGACCAGUUUCUUCAGACCAAUACUAAUGAACGCUCAGACGAGUACGGAGGCGAUGUCGAACGACGCUCUCGGUUCGGACUUGAAGCAGUUCGAGCAGUGAUUGACGCGGUUGGGGCGAAGAGGGUCGGCAUCAGGUUGAGCCCAUGGAGCACGUUCAACGGCAUGAGGAUGGAAGAUCCUAUCCCUCAGUUCCGCUAUUUUAUUCGAAAGCUGAGCGAACUUGAUCUCGCCUACCUCCAUCUGGUCGAACCCAGAAUCGCAGGCAACAUGGACGUGGAAAGUGCAGACUCGCUUGAUUUUGCAAUACAAGAGUGGAAGAACCCUCUGCUUUUAGCAGGUGGAUACGUUGCUAACACUGCAAGAACUUUGGUGGACGAGAAGGUACCUGAGCGUGAUGUUGUCGUUACCUUCGGUCGGUAUUUCAUUUCGACGCCCGAUCUACCCUUUCGCAUACAAAAGGGUUUGGAACUGACGCAGUACGACCGCGCUACAUUCUAUACUCCCCAAAAGGCCGAAGGCUACGUUGACUAUGCAUUCUCAAAGGCAUUCCUAGAUCAGCAAACCGCCGAGGCAGCAUAGCGUCCAU